AAAGCCCACAGCAGAAUUUUCACCUUUCAUUCCCCUAGCCCACUGCUCUCUCUUUCUCUCACUCUUUCCCCUCCUCUGUUCUCCUCUCCUUGAAAACUCAUUGAGCCAAGAUCCUGGAAAGGGACGGCAAUCUGAAAUUAUCGGGAUGGCUCUCUUUCGCCAUGAGAUCUCCAUUUCCGAGUUUCUGUAACAGGUCGGUGUGUUCCACGGUAGGCUUGUGAGGAAGCCUUUUUCAUGCUGUUCAGUUGAAGAACUGAAAGUCAAGAGUUUGAGGUCAUCUUCAUCAUCUCUCAUGGUUCAGCGCGAAACCAAAUUCUCGAUAUAACUCUUCCUGCCUUGUGCAUGGAAGACUGGAGUUUGUGAUCUGAUUCUUAUCUUUGGUUUAGGAGAUUGGUUUACUGUUUUGUAGUGUACAUAUAUUUUCUGCCAUUUUUCAGUUUUUUCUCACUCAGACGUAUAAAACCAUCUGAUUCUUGUUUUUAGAAGAAAUCGAGCCUGCUGGGUUUCUCACGCAUGGCUUAAAUUGGACGAUAGAAAUCUCUGUCCAUCUUUCACCGCUCAUCUAUUAGACCAACUCUUGAGCUGCCAACUUCCUCGUUUUCUGCCUUCUGCACUUCUCCUUCUUCCAAUCAACAAACUCCAAAUCAUCAAAAAACUAUCACCAUCUAUUUCUCGAGUCUCUUCCCAUCAUUUGGCACUGUCCUUCUUGUCCAUUUUAUAAAAAGGAAAACUCAUGAUAUAACUUCUCUCCCAUUUCCAGAACCCAACCGACACUGCAGUUCAGAUCAUCAAAAACUUUAUAUUUUCCUCUGUUUUGCCACAAAAUCCCCCACUGUCUGAUCUUUUCUGCCCAGUUUUCCUAGAAUAACAUCAACAAAACUACCGCUAAAGAUUGAAUCUUUCUCCAAAACCCAAUUGUUCCAUGAAAUCCUACCUCUCCAAGAACUGAAAUAUCCCAUAAUAUCCUGAAACCAGUCUAUCAGAGGAUGCAAGACCCAGGAUUGAUCCCCGACAGACGCACCACGAAGCCCCAAUUCCCGGAGCUGGAGCAACACAUCAAGUGCCCACGCUGCGACUCCACCAACACCAAGUUCUGCUACUACAACAACUAUAAUCUUUCUCAGCCCCGCCACUUCUGCAAGAAUUGCCGGAGAUACUGGACUAAAGGCGGGGCCUUACGUAAUAUUCCGGUAGGAGGCGGCAGUCGGAAAAACUCGAAGAAGUCGUCCUCGGGCUCGAAAUCGAAGAACGCCUCCAACUCGAAUUCUUCAGGUUCUGCUGCUGCUGCCACUGCCAUCGCCACCCCUGCCACCACGUCGCCGUGCUCCUCCUCCUCCUCGUCGUUCCUGAAGCAGGAGCCCGACCUUCCAGCCGAAAGCCUUGUCGCCGGGGUUUUUGGUCCGGCGACGGAUCAGGACCAUCGGUUGCUGGAUAUGACGGGGACUUUCAGCUCGUUGUUGGCGUCAAACGGGCACUUCGGGACGCUCUACGAGCCGCUAAGCUCUGCCAGAGUGGGGAGGGUGCAGGAGGGAUUGAAGGGGCCGGAAAACGGAUGGGGGAUGCCAGAGUACUCAGAGAGGGUGACGGCGAGUGCCGGAGUCGAGUUUUCCGGCGGCAACGUGGACGGACUAUUAGGGGAUUCCAAUUGUUGGGUAGGCAGCAAUUGGCCGGACUUGGCCAUGUACACGCCUGGUUCUAGCUAUCAAUGAACCUUCUCUCUCUCCCACCGUCCAAAACUUUGAAGUUGGUGACAUGAAGGUGCUAGGUUUUCUCGGUUGCUUUUUGGGGUUUUUCUACUUUAGAGUUUCAAUUUUCUUUUUGGGCUUCUUUUGAGACGUUCUGGUGUGCUGUUACAGGAUUAAAUGAGAGUCUUUUCCUUCUUUAACACUUCUACCAAUGAACAUAUAUAUUGUUAGCGGUUGGUAUGUGAAAUGAGAAAUCAAUCAACGGUUAUAUUUUUUUU